CAUGGCUCCCUCAGGGUCUCAUUUAAGCAAAAAGACAGCCAAAGAACGUGCUCGAGAAUACAAGCACGCCAGCUUUUACGAAGAUGGAGGAGUCCUUUUUUGCCGAGCUUGCGCGAGAGCAGUUGACUAUCGUCGCAAGUCGACUAUUGACGAGCACAUCCAGAGCAACCGUCAUCGUAAGAAUGCCGAAACAAGAGACUCUUCCAAGCGAAAAAGUGGCGAAGAACCAUCAGAAGACGUCGCUGGGGGCUCAGGAACACCGAGAAAGCAAAGUCGACUGCAGACGCUGGAAUCGGCAAUGACCGCUGGCGAGGCGAGGCACGACAUUGUGCUCAAAUUCCUGGAUGCAUUGAUAUCUGCGAAUAUUCCCCUAGAGAAGGUGGACAAUCCGAAACUGAGAACGUUUCUACAGACACACGUACGGAACGGCGGGUCGGUGCCUGGAUCUGAUGCGCUCCGCCGACGACUUCCAGAAUUGUUCGAGAAGCAUGAGACAGCGUUGAAAGCUAUGUUUCAAGGUACCACGGUGUCGGUAGUUAUUGAUGAAACCACCGAUGACCGAUCAAAAUCUGUUGUGAAUGUGCUGUUCGUCCAGUCAGCCAGAAGUGCGAGUGCUUCGCUACAACCUGUACUGGUGGAAGUUAAAUUCGUGGAUGAAGUGAACUCGUCCGUGAUAGGCCGCAUUGUAACGAGGACACUGACGAAGUACGGAAUUGAAUUCGAGGACGUGACGGGCUUUGUAAGCGAUAACGCUGCUUAUAUGGUGAAGUCCUUUAAGGAGUGCAUAAAGCCACUUUGCGAGUGUGCUGUUCACAUUACGUGUGUAGCACAUACAGUAAACAUUGUCGGCAGCACAUUGCAGGCAUCUUUUCCCUUGGUGGACAAAUUUGUCGCCUGUAUGAAGAAGGCCUUCAGUCUGUCGAGUAGGAAGAGAGCUUUCUACAAAGCUCAUCUGGAGAAGUGUGGGGUUGAGUGUGCCAAAACACCUCCAGCGCCUGUCAAAAGUAGGUGGAAUUCGUGGAUUGAAGCUGUUGAGCAGCAUUCUGCUUACUUUGAGCACUAUCCUUCUUUGCUAAGGCAAGUCUAUGAAAAGUAUGGAGACACAGCGUGUGUUGAUUCUCUUCUGGAACUUUUGAAUGAACACUCGAUUGAGCUUAAGUACUGCAUGCGAUGCAUUGCAGUGUUUGGCAAAAAAGUUGCAAGCCUGCUGAAAGCAGCAGAGGGUCAGCGUGUAGCCUGCCACAAAGCGUACAAUGCUUUGUUUACACUUUGGGGAUAUUUGGAAGCAGCUGCACAGGAAGAUUUUGAAACACAGCUGAAGAAAGAAAACAUUGCACACGACGAGGCCCAUCGGAUUGCAAACAAAAUGAAGGCUGCAAUGAGUAAAGCGGCUAGCAAAGCUUUAGUAUAUUUGGAGAAGUCUGACACUUGGAAGUUCUUCAAGAGUGUGAGGUGCUUGGAUCCUCUGCAAAUCGGGUGUCUCUCGGAGAAGAGAUCAGAGUUUGCAGGUGUGCCUGGACUUGGGGAGGACUCACUGGCCCUAGCUGCUGAAUGGCAAGUUUACCUGAAGUCCGCCCAAGAACUCAAAUCAAGUGACAGGGACUUGGCACCAUUUCUUUCUAAACAAGAAAAGCCAGGUGAAGAUUUUGAUGUUCUGGCUUUCUGGGCAGGGAUGGAACCCCUGACUCCAACACUUUCUUCCAUUGCCCUUAAAUACCUGUCAAUGCCAAUCAACUCAGUUGAUGCAGAAAGGUCGUUCAGUCGAUACGGUGACAUUGCGUCCCACAAGCGACACUCCCUCAGUGAAGAGAGUACCAAGCACCAUUUGAUGCUCAGUCACAACAGCUUCCUUUUAAUUUGAUGCAAGCAAGCAUCAGUGUUUAAUAGCAUUCAAUAAAUAAACUGUUACAUGUACCUUAUGUCUGUUCAAUGUUACCGCAGAAUUUUGCAGAUUCCUCGAUCUGUAUUUGCAGAAUUUCAAAUUUUCCACCGCAUAAAGUGAGGG